AUGACGCCGAGUGCAAGCGGUUCCGCUUGUGCGAGCACCAGCACGAGCACCGCGAAUACGGACGAAUUCGACAUCAUCUCAUGCUACCACUCGCUGCUGUCGUCGGACUCGGAACUUCCUUUUCCGAUCGCAGCGAUCUUUGCGCUGUCCGAACUGGUCUCCAAGUCUCGUGCAGCGACAACGUCGGAGCUAAUGGAAAAUAUUCGCUCGGCAUCGCACAGGCUAAAGGCAUCGCUCGAAAACCCGGUGCCGGCAACGGCGGGCUUGGAUCUGUUCACGCGAUUUGUUGUGACCAAGAGCUGGGAUUCGGGCGACGACUUUCAAGCACAUAAAGCAUCACUCGCGUCACUGGCGCACGAGUUCGCCGUACACACUGUACCGAGUUGUCGAGAAAAAAUCUGCGAGCUCGUGCUGCCGUUCAUCAAGGACGACAGCGUAGUUUUGACACACAGCUAUUCGCGUGUGGUCAUGCAGGUUCUCAAGUACGCAGCGUUGCAUCAGCGCAAGCGAAUCUCGGUCUACGUGACCGAAUCCCGACCUCACGCAUUGGGCCUCAAGACGUACGAGAGGUUGACUCAAGUCGGAAUCCCCUGCACCGUGAUCUUGGACUCAGCGGUAGCGUACACCAUGCCCAAAGUCGACCUUGUGCUUACAGGUGCUGAAGGCGUCGUCGAAAGCGGAGGCUUCUUGAACGCCGUUGGCACAUACGGUAUGGCCAUCAUCGCCAAGGCGAGUAACAAGCCGUUCUUCAGCUUGGCAGAGAGCUUCAAAUUCUUGAGGAUGUUCCCGUUGGAUCAGUACGAUCUGCCGGUGAAUGGCAAGAGGCAGCUGCUGGGAUUUCCGGAUCUGGACGGUGCCGAUCCAGCACAUUCUGCGCACGAGAUCAGCGACAAUGUGGACGAUACACCGAAGCUCGGCUGCAACGAAACCAGAAAACUCAUGUCGAGACAUCAAGAGCUCAUCAAUCCCGAGAUCGAUUACACCACUCCAGAUCUGGUGACCUUCUUGUUUAGCGACGUAGGCGUUCUCACUCCCAGCGGUGUUGGUGACGCCUUGCUCGCCGUAUAUGGUGGUGCUGAUUGA